UUCUUAACACCGUAAUGAAUACUUAUAUUAAUUACAUUUUAACCAGCUACUGUUUUUUUUUCUGAUUACACACUUCUACAGUAUUAUACUAUAUAGAAACAGCUAGCUAACACGGACUAGGUACUAUUUAGUCUAACCGUCUAAAAACGAUGCAAUUACAUAUGCUACAAUCACUUAGCCAUAUUAGUUAUUUAGUUUCUACUUAGCUACUGUCCCGCUCUGACUGUCUUUUUAAUACCAUUUGGAGUAAAAAAAUCACUUUGCUAACAUUAGGUCACCAGCGCAUCAGCUCAUCUGUUUCAGUUUAUCGGCAUAAUAAAUGUUACCACGCUUAGUCAAACGUUGAUGGACUAACGUGACGUAAAGGCGUUUAUGUCAGAGUAUAAAUAGCAGAAUAUAAUGGAGCCUAAGUCUAUUCUCUACUGGUCACAACUUUCAAGUAUGGCAGACACGUCUUUUCUCUUCAACAUAUUUUAUAUCGACAUAUGAAAAUGGGGCUUAUCUAGUUUUUCUCUAGUUUUCAGUAGUUUGUUGUUAAAUCAACAAUGAAAGAGCACCGUAAAAAUCAACAUGGUUAAGCUAACAUGUUUUGCUGUAUUAAAAGUUCGUGCUUCCUGUUUGUUUCGACUGUUCUGCGCUGCCGUAUUUGACGCAGGGCCGUAAGGAGUAUGUUUAGUAGAUAAUGGAGCCGCGGUGCACGCAGCUAAAAGCUGAAGAGGAAGCGACGAUAUCCGCUGUUCAGAGCACUGGCGUCCUGGACAGGUUUACCCUCGUAAAAUGAGGCUAACGCUGAACUAAGUAAUGUGCCGGGUAAUGGUAAAACAGCCAUCUGGUUAAAUUAACACGUAAGAAACACGACAAAUUCAAAUUUAUGUACUGAAAAAUACAAACAAAGCCUUUUCUUAUAAAGUAUAUGGAAGAAGGUCAGAUGGGAACUAAACUAAAAACCUAGUGGAGGAAAUACUACAAGUAUUAUUAAAGCUAUAUAAUGUGCUUAACCUUCACUGUUCUAUAUUACUAUAGGAACAGAGUUGAUGCAGACAAACUACUUUGACAGACAUUACCUGAUUGGCUGCUGGACACCUGAUAGAGACAGUUAAAGGUGGGGAGCAAGUCCUACAAAAUCUGGGCCUCAAGGAUGAAACAACAACUUCCCAGAACUUUCCCUAAAGUUGUGACUGAAUUAUUGCUGGAAGCUGGUUUUGAAUGAUCUAUUGGUUUUUCAUGUAAACUACAAUAAACAAGGAGUUUUACCAGUACCUAUUGUACUGUAUUAAUUAACCCGCUGUGGUGUUAGCAAGGUAUUUUCAUUUAAGUUGCACUUAAUUAAUUUCAUAUACUGUAUUUAGAUUCUGAAGCCAAUAAUGUCAGGGAUUGCCGGCAGGUAUUGGACCCACAUGCACAGCGCAGACACACGAAGGGAGUUGUAAAAUCACACUUUUAAUCCACAAUCGUAGUACAGACGGUUCAGCUAAUACACAGAAUAUCUCUGGCAGCAGUACAGGAGGAACAGGCAGGAGUCAGAUACGGAAACACGAUCUUCGAACAAGGUAGGCAAUCAAAGAAAUGCUGGAAUGUGGUGACUUACACUCGACAAUCUGGCAACUGGAUGUGGUGACUACUGGUGAUUAAAUACAGGUGAGUGAUGACUGAGCUGAAACAGGUGCGUAAUGAGGACCGGAACGUGAAGCGUAAACUAACAUGGUGUGACCAGAAAACGGAAGUCCUGUCAGAAUAAAACCGGAACAGAAACCAAAACGUGACAAAUAAAUUAAAUAUUUGUGCAAAUGAAAUUAAAUACUCAGAUUGACUUACUUUCUUGGUAUUGUGUUUGUCUGGUUAAGCAAUGUUGAGUAUUAUUAUUAAUGUUACUGCUGUUAGAUUUUUUAUUUAUUUAUUUGAUUUACAGCUUAGGCAAGCCUGUCUUUGGAGAGUUUUAUUCAUUCUUGUUCUGGUUCUGUUCAUUGGAAAUUUGGAUUUGCUGUUUCUUCUUGAAAACAUGUCAUUUUUCAAUUAAAAGGCUUCUUCAUUUCUGAACAUUUCUCCAGACUUAAUGAAGUCUGAUGUUUGAAUAGUUACAUGUCUUCAAGAAGAAAUAGCAAGUCCCGCUGCCAAUUGUCACGAACGGCAAAUAAAGGACCCAAAUGCACAGCGCCAGGACACGAUGCGUACGGUGUAAAAGGGUGGGUUUAUUCCAGAAACGAAGUCCAGUUCAAGCAGGGUCAUACACGGGCGAUCAGGUGUGGUUACAACAGGAUCAGGUCAAGGCAGCGUCAGGGACAGACAAGGUCAUACACGAAGGGUCAGUACAAUACCAAACGUCAGGCGUUGAAUCGUGGUCAGGCAGGCAACAAGGUCGGCAACAUGCAGGGCAGGUAAUCACGGCAGACAAGACAGAUGGGUACUAGGCAGGCUCAGAGUCAACGGUCGGAAACAGGGUACACGCUAUAUGACAGGACUGGAUAACGAAACAGAAAAUGGCGGUAACUCACAUGCAACGAUCUGGCAAAGUGUUCUGGGACUGAUGGUGCUUAAGUAUACUGUGGGUGAUUACUAAUACGGAGCAGGUGUGACUAAUGAGAACCGGAAGUAAAGCUGGAACCAAAACAGAAACCGGGAGACUACCAAAAUAAAGACAGGAAGUGGAAACUGGAACCUAAAACAUGAUGAUAAGACAGAGCAACAAAGUGCCUUCAAAAUAAAACUAAAAACAGAGCCAGAACCUGACAGUACCCCUCCCUCUAGGGCGUCUUCCACGGCGCCCACGGAAGACCCCCCCCUAACCAGGGCGGGCGGAGGGUGGUCACAGGAGGAGGGACCGAAUCCCUCCCCCUCAAGGCAUACAAGCAGGGUGGGCGGAGGGAGGACUGGAGGAGGGUCAAGUCAGGAGUUCAUAAAACCGGAAACCGAAAGUUCAGAGUUCAUCCCCAACAGCCCCAUGGGGCCCAGAAAACCCCCCUCUUUUGGAGGGUGGCAGCCGGGGAGUCCCAGGAUCGUGGUGGGCGACGGCGGCAGAGGCUUCGCCAUCGUCGUGGCAGGAGGGGGCUAACCCCAGGCGAACGGCCGUGGCGGAGGCGGAGUCGAGGCGGACGGCGCCGAAGGAGGCAGCGCCACCCAACCAGCAGGAGGUGCCAAGGGCGAGGCCACCCGUCCGGCAGAUGAGGCGGGAGCAGACGUGGAGACGUGGUCGGCGCCGGACCACCAGGAACCAAUGCAGAUGCGGUCGGCGCCGGACCGCCAGGAACCGAUGCAGAUGCGGUCGGCGCCGGACCGCCAGGAACCGAUGCAGAUGCGGUUGGCGCCGGACCGCCAGGAACCGAUGCAGAUGCGGUCGGCGCCGGACCGCCAGGAGCCGAUCCUGGAGGCCGGCAGGGGCUGCAACAGACGCUGCGGCAGGAGCGACCCCCCCUGGGGAUCGUCGGGAGCUGCAGCAGGAGUUGCGACCGGCGCGACCUCCUCCUGGAGGUCCGCAGGGGCUGCAGCGGGCGCGACCUCCUCCUGGAAGUCCGCAGGAGCUGCAGCGGGCGCGACCUCCUCCUGGAAGUCCGCAGGAGCUGCAGCGGGCGCGACCUCCUCCUGGAGGUCCGCAGGGACUGCAGCCGGCGCGACCUCCUCCUGGAGGUCCGCAGGGACUGCAGCUGGCGCGACCUCCUCCUGGAGGCCCGCAGGGACUGCAGCUGGCGCGACCUCCUCCUGGAGGCCCGCAGGUACUGCAGCUGGCGCGACCUCCUCCUGGAGGUCCGCAGGGACUGCAGCUGGCGCAACCUCCUCCUGGAGGUCCGCGUGGACCGCGGCAGCCACUCCAGCCGGCGCGACCUCCUCCUGGAGGUCGGCGGGAACCGCGGCAGCAACUCCAGCCGGCGCGACCUCCUCCUGGAGGUCGGCGGGAACCGCGGCAGCAACUCCAGCCGGCGCGACCCCCUCCUGGAGGUCGGCGGGAACCGCGGCAACAACUCCAGCCGGCGCGACCCCCUCCUGGAGGUCGGCGGGAACCGCGGCAACAACUCCGAGGCUGACAGGAACGGGGGCUAGGACGACCUCUACGUGGCCGACAGAGACAGGGACUGGACUGGUCGCUACAGGACCGACAGGGACAGGAACUGGGACGGCCGCAACAUGGCCGACAGGGACGGCCGCAACAUGGCCGACAGGGACGGCCGCAACAUGGCCGACAGGAACAGGGACAGGAACGGCAUCCUCACCAGAGCCGGCGGCGCCGCUCUCAGGCUCCUCACUAGAGCCGGCGGCGCCGCUCUCAGGCUCCUCUCUAGAGGCGGCGGCGCCGCUCUCAGGCUCCUCUCUAGAGCCGGCGGCGCUGCUCUCAGGCUCCUCACUAGAGCCGGCGGCGCCUGAAACGGCGUCUACUCUGGAGCCGGUUUGGCUGCUUGCAGCCGCCGAGCUCGACGGAGCAGACGUCGGGCCUGAUCGGGUGUGCAUAGCACUUGUUCGGCGAGUGGUGAUCUCUGGCUGGGACAAAACCUGCGCGUGACUGGACUGGACUGGGACAGGAAUGUGACUGAACUGGACUGGGUCAGGAAUGUGACUGAACUGGACUGGGACAGGAACGUGACUGAACUGGACUGGGACAGGACUCGACUGGGCUGGAACGUGGACUGGGCUCGACUGGACUGGAACGUGGACUGGGCUCGACUGGACUGGAACGUGGACUGGGUUCGACUGGACUGGAACCUGAGCUGGACCCGACUGGACUGGAACCUGAGCUGGACCCGACUGGACUGGAGACUGAACAGCGCGCGGCUGGACUGGAGACUGAACAGCGCGCGGCUGGACUGGAGACUGAGCAUGGCUUGACUGACCUGACUGAGGUGCAGGAUCUGGUGUGGCUGCUGACCGCAGACCUGGGAGUUGCAGAACCUCGCGCAGGACAGGUUCCCUCAGGACGAGAGCGGCAGCCUCCUCAAACAAUUGUUCUCUCGUGCCCUGGUCUGCUGCCGACUUGGCGGUGUUCAUGAGGUGGGCGAAGAGGAACGUAACCGGAGGAGAACAGUGGAGGUGGAUCUGCCGUGCGACGCCAUCUGGGAUGCCUGCUAUAAACGGAACACAGUCAGUCGGAAAACCAAGGGACUCUUCCGCCGGAGAAGAGGGCUGCUCGGUCCCCGCGACCGAGAUCUCGGGACCCGGGGUUCUGGAACCGCGCCGUCGCCGACGUCAUCCGGAGCGGCUGCGACUGUCCGUCGUUUGAGAUGCUGGGAGUGGCGGGGGCCGGAUCUCUGUACCGGGGUCCGCGUGGUGAACCGAGCCGGCGGCGUCUGGAGCUUGGGCUGGAGCCGCCGGCGCGGCGACGGAAACGGAAACCGCCGGAGCGGCGACAGGAAAGGGAACCGCCGGAGCGGCGACAGGAACGGGAACCGCCGGAGCGGCGACAGGAACGGGAACCGCCGGAGCGGCGACAGGAACGGGAACCGCCGGAGCGGCGACGGAGGCGCGGCCAGGCGAUACGCGCAGAGCGCGUAUCAAGUCCCUCCGCGUUAGUCGGAGUCCAUCGAAAUACGCUUGCACUCCGGGGUACUCACGCCACCAGUAUUCGUCCUCCAGUAUCUCGAUGACCAGUUCUACCACGGAGAGCCGAACCUGGGGGCUGGGUGCUUCCGCAUAUUUCCUGGCUAAGCCCUGGAGAUCGCUACGGAUGUCCUCCGGUAAACUUAGGCAAACGAGAUCCAUUGCUCCGGUGAGCGGCUUGUACACGGAGCCGAACAGAGAGGGAAAAAAAGUGAAGGGUGAAGGCUGCGCGCUGGCUGGGUCCAAGUCUGGCCAGAUCGUUCUGUCACGAACGGCAAAUAAAGGACCCAAAUGCACAGCGCCAGGACACGAUGCGUACGGUGUAAAAGGGUGGGUUUAUUCCAGAAACGAAGUCCAGUUCAAGCAGGGUCAUACACGGGCGAUCAGGUGUGGUUACAACAGGAUCAGGUCGAGGCAGCGUCAGGGACAGACAAGGUCAUACACGAAGGGUCAGUACAAUACCAAACGUCAGGCGUUGAAUCGUGGUCAGGCAGGCAACAAGGUCGGCAACAUGCAGGGCAGGUAAUCACGGCAGACAAGACAGACGGGUACUAGGCAGGCUCAGAGUCAACGGUCGGAAACAGGGUACACGCUAUAUGACAGGACUGGAUAACGAAACAGAAAAUGGCGGUAACAUGCAACGAUCUGGCAAAGUGUUCUGGGACUGAUGGUGCUUGAGUAUACUGUGGGUGAUUACUAAUACGGAGCAGGUGUGACUAAUGAGAACCGGAAGUAAAGCUGGAACCAAAACAGAAACCAGGAGAGUACCAAAAUAAAGACAGGAAGUGGAAACUGGAACCCAAAACAUGAUGAUAAGACAGAGCAACAAAGUGCCUUCAAAAUAAAAUUAAAAACAGAGCCAGAACCUGACACCAAUGAACAGAACAUUUGGGGUGUAGGUAAUGACAUAACAUAUGGGUAAUAUUGUAAUGACAUAACAUAUGGGUAAUAUUUAACCCAGUUAUAUAGUUAAUUUUGACUCAUCAGAUGGGUCAAAUAAAACAACCCAGUCUAUAGGUCAUAUUUAACAAAACAAUAGGGUUAAUUUGACUCAUCAGGUUGGGUUGAAUAAAAUAACCCAAUGUAUAGAUAAUAAUUAACCUAAUGGUUGGGUUAAUUUGACUCACUAAGUUGGGUCACAAAAACAACCCAGCAUGCUGAGGUAAAAUAGUGUAACCCAGCACUUGGCUCAAAACAACCCAACGUGUGUUCUGUCCAAUAGUGACCCAGCAGCUGGGUUAUGGUUGAGUUAUAUUUUUACUCCCGCACUUUUUAGGGUGUAGCCCUGUGAUGCACUGGCAAGCUGUCUAGGAUGGUGAAUGGAUAACUAGACUCUAGUGUCCUCAAAACAUUACAAGACCUGAGGUGGCCAUCUAUCUAAACGAUUACUCACAAGAACAUAUAUUAAUAUAAAUCUGAGCCAAAAUGUGGGGACAAAAGACCCAGCGUGAUCUCUUUCAUUUCUCUCUUUUCCUCUGAUGGUCUUCUCAGAUCUUAAACUUUUUUUUUAUUGAUCUGUUACAGGGAGGAUCAACCACUCCACCCUCAUUUGUCCAGGUGCCAGGUUCUCACAUGCUGCCCAGCUAUUAUGGCAUGAGACGCCCAUUCAUCUCUGACUCAGACUUCUGUCCAUCCACCAAGCAGUUUUCCCCUGAUGUCUACUCCUCUGCCCUUGGGGGUAAAGCUCUGGGCUGUGAACCCUCUAGCAUGAGUAGUUACUCCUCUCUAAUUGACAGCUAUUACCCAGAGACCUUUGGCGAUUACCGCAGUGCUGCCGCCUUCUCCAGUUCCGGGGGAUCCUUCCUUCCCUCGACUGCUCUCUCAUCUCUGCUGCCUCCUUUUGGUGUUGAGUCUUCACAUUCAUUUCUGAGAGACUCGUGGGACCAGACAGCUUCAGAACCAGUGCCCCAGGUGGAGGCUCUCUGUCCUGACAGUUUGGCUUCUAUCCCAUCCUCUAUGCCCAGCCCGGAGCCCCCAGCCAGCCCAUCACAGUACCGAGCCCCCAGCAGAUGUUCGUCCAGCAUCCAGGCCUACACCCUGCACCCACUGGAGGAGGCCCACUACCACUCCCUAACGACCAACAGCUCCUACUCUGUCCCCUCCUCCUCCUUCCCCUGUCCUCCUUACAUGAGCAGCUCCAUCGGCGACCUGGUGACCAAAAUGGUGACAGAUGAGGCUGAUAGUCACAGUAGCCUCCCGCCCAGCACUGAGGCUCAUACCUCCUGGGCUAAGGAGGAUGGGGUGGGCUCCUGGUCAACCUAUGAAAUCAGGAGGGCGUACUGACUACACAAUGGUCCUCAGACUUUAGAAGAAGAUUUCACUGGAACAUGUUUUGUUAAUAGGACAAUUUCAAUGCAUUUCCAAAGUACCAUAUUAUCAUACCCAUGCCAAUGUCUUGCUUACUUAUUUGUAAAUAUUUUUGUUUGAUUGGAAUUAAAAAUGAAUUUAAACUAUGGGAAAAAGGCUGAACAUGGCACAUAAUCAAAGUCAUUAAAUCAAUUAAAUUAUUUUUCAUUGAAAAAGUUUUUCUUAUUGUACAUUAUGUGUGUGCUGUAUAAAUUAUAGUGUAGAAUAAACUUAGUGUAAGUCA